UAUGUCAAAGUUAUUAUCAUUACCUCUCCUCUUUUUUCCUCUUCCAUUUUCUCUUUAGCUCUUACCUUCUGCCAGCCAUGGCUAGGGGUGGGAUUCGGUUUGUCGGUAAACGAUUUACCGUUUUACCGAACCGUUUACCGACGGUAUCAGCGACCGAGCGUGGCCUGGGGUGUAUCGGUUUACCGAAUCCGGUAUCGGUAAACCAUUUACCGAACCCAAAACGAACCCAAAACAGAAGUUCUGUCAUCCAAGGAGGUAUUUAGAUUAUGCAACACUUGAUGACUUGGUACAAAUUGCCUUUUCUCUUGUGUUUGUUGCUGCUCUGGUUGAGACGUUCAUCAAAAUUGGAUGAUGAAAAUGGCAGGUGACAAAGAUAGCGGACACCAACGGUGGGACGUUGAAGAGCUGGAACUGGAGAUCACAAGGGGAUUUGUUUCUGAAUGGGGCAUACUUCAGAGCAUCAGGAGCAGGAGCAGGAGCCAGCUACGCCAGAGCUUCCAGCUUAGGAGCAAAGCCAUCAUCCUUGGUUGGCAUGAUGACUUCCACUGCCGGUGCUUUGGGUUGUCGUAGGGGCCGCUCGUGUUGAUUAAACAAAACAACACCCUAGCUAACGAAACAAAAUCAUAUAAUUACACCAAAAGGGAACCCAAGUGAGAAAUUCAACUCAAUUUCCCUCUCUCUUCUUCUUAAUUAGUAUAUUUCUCAAUUCACCACUGUUGUUAAUUAGUACUGUCACCACGAAUGGGAAUGUCAAAAACUGUAAAUUAUGGGAAUGCCCACCCCCAAAAACCGUUUACCGAACCCGUCACCACGUCGCCCUUGCGGUAAUUCGGUAAACCGGUUUGUAACCGUUUACCGGUAAUUCGGUAAUCGGUAAACCGGUUACAAACCGGUAUCGGUAAACGGUAAACGAUUUUGCCAAUGUCGAUAUACCGAAACCGGUAAAUUCGGUAAACAAUUUAUCGUUUACCGACCGAUUCCCACCCCUAGCCAUGGCAUAGCAUAACCAAAACCAGGACAAUAAAUCCUUGUAACAAAUCCCGGCACUAAUAUGUCCAUAGGCCUUAGCAUAAUAACAAUCCUUGUAACAUAUUGUUGCGAGGAGGUGGUGAAUAUAGUACACCUAAAAAAUCUUUAUAACAGAUCGAUGCAUAAAAAUAAAAAUAUUACACAAUGAUCUCAAAACUAUUCGGUCUUUCCACUAUACUCCUACCCUGCGUGUAGAGGUGGCAAUUUUAAUCCAAUCCACCAAUCCAAUCCAUCAAUCCAUUAAAAAUAUCCACCUAAUCAAAUCCAUUUAAAUCCAAUCCAUUUUAUCCAAAUCCAAUUGGAUUGGUGGAUUCAUGGAUUGGAUCCAUGGAUCAUUGGCAAAUUACGAUUUAGUACCUAUAAUUUUUAUUUUUUACAUUUUUGUACCUAAAAUUUAAUUUUUUAUACAAAAAAUAUCAUUGGAAAAUUACGUUUUGGUACCUGAAAUUUUUCAUUAUGACAUUUUAGUAACUAAACUUUUUACAUUUUACAUAUUGGUCCUUGGUUGAGGAUGUCAUUUGGAUUCAUGGAUAAUCCACCAAUCCACUUGAUCCAAUCCAUGAAUCCACCAAUCCAAUCCAUCAAUCCACCAAUCCAAUCCAUUUGCCACCUCUACCUGCGUGCCCCAAAACCGAACACUAUGGGCAAAAAUUACUUGCAAAUGCUCAUAAAUUUUAAUUUAAUAAUAAGCAUGCAAUAAUCAUAUAGAUAUAACAUAUUCAAUAAACCUAUGUUAUAUAACAUUUAUAUAAAAAUAUAUGUCCUACAUCAUUUAUUUAUCUACCUCAUUCCAAAUUGAUGGCAACAAAUUUCCAACGGUAAGUACGAAUAAAAAUAGAAAAUUUGCCAUCUAUAAACAUUAAUUUUCGCCGGAAUAAAAACUAGAAUUAUGU